GGUUAGAAUUGAUCGGCGUCUGGCCGGAGGCUGAGCGAGCACAAUGAAAUCUACAGGCUUGCUUUUCCGUUUGCCUCUUGAAAGAUUCUCCUCCGUCAUCGCCUCAGGCAGAAGUUUGUUUAGCGGCUUUCUCUGCAGUUGUGCUAUCCCGGGAGGCAGAAUUUCAACUGUGGACUUAAGAAAGGGAAAUCAAGAAAAGAUGGACUGGAAUGUAAGACCACUCCAGAAUGCAGUUGCACAGAAUAACCUGCAAAGUCAAGAAUCCUGUUACACUCAAAUGCUUUCUAAUGCACAAGCUUUUCCUCAAACAAAUGCACUUUCUUCUGAAAAUGCAUGCAAUUAUGUUGGAAAUAACCAAGUGUAUCUACCAACUGUUAAUGCUGCUUUACCAGGAACAUCUGUAGCCAUAAAAAGUUUUCUUACUUCGGAAUACUCAGUCAAUCAGUCUCCACCAUCCUACGUACCACCUGCGCUGACACUUCCCAAUCAGACAUCACGUGCACAGGGGGAGAUGACUCAGAACUCUUGGCAAAACUCUGGUAGGCUUAUUUCUUCCCAUAGAAAGCUUCCUCUCCUGUCUUCUCAAAUGAGCGGUGGAAACAGCGUGCCGAAUGUAUUUCGAGGACCUCAUUAUGCCACCUCAAACAGUUAUGCUGUUUGUUCACAAACGUCACAGCAGCGUUCUCUGAGAACUAUGUUGCAUCAAAGUAACCGUGAAUGCAUUAAUUCUUCAAAGUUGGGGUGCGUCCCGCAGUAUAACACAAAUACCUCUGCUUCUUCUCAAAGCAUGUCUGUACCUGUCAAUCAGUCAUCCAGUCAGUAUCUCCAUUCCCAGAAUAACUGUUUGUCUUUUGGUACAUCUGGGCAACAUGUCCAAAACCAAAUACAUAAUUCCGGUAAUCAGAUUCAGUUUUCACAGUCACUGAGUCAAAAUACUGCAACAAAUGUACAGUUGCCACAAUAUGUGCCAAGUCAGAUGGGAUCAGGAGCACCCAGUGGAUGUUCUGCACCAUCUUUGUUGCCUGCCAACUAUGAUUCAAAAACUGUAGCGCAGCCUUUGCUAGGUGCACAGCAGGCAGUACACAAUGUGUUUAAUAAAUACCCUCUCCAGAGCUGCCCGUCAGACAAAAAAACUGCUUCUGGUUUUAACAGUGUUCAGCAAUACUCGCUGAAACAUCAACGGGGUGAAGUCAGUCAAGGGGUUAGGAAUGGCUGUAAUUCAAGUGGAAAUGUGACAGUAAACCAGCUCUUUAGUGACAAGUCUGCACCCCCCACUGAUAUUUCCUCAGAAUUUUAUGAUAUUAUGCAAGGAGCAGUACCUUUUUCUUCAACGGAUGCUUCGCAGCCGCUCUGUGAUCCUGUUUCAGUUCAAGAAAGGCAGACUACUAGUUCAGUGAACGUGCCUGCUAAUUCUCAAACUUCUUUAGCAAGAGAAGAUAAAAGAAAAAUGACAAGUGACACUCAAGCUUGGGAAACUGAAAGACUGCAAGUUUUUAAGAGAAAAUGUGCUCUGCUUGAAAGGAUGCAAAAGUAUAGAAAAAAAUUUUUGACUUCAAAAUGUGACAAAAGCACUUCUACGCUUCCUCCGAGUUAUGAAACUGCACUCUCUAAUUGUCUUCCUCAGAUGCCCAAGCAAAAUGUAGUAUCUUCCCUAUCACAGGCAAUGAGGACAGACAGUCAGCAGCACUCUAUUUUUGGAUCUUCAUCUGAAGAAAGAAAUGACAAAAACAUAACUGGUGGUGACAACAGAGGGUUAGAAGUGACUCACAGUAAUCGUCAGGUAGAGCAGGGAAGCCUUUCAUCAGGGCCCCUUCCCAUUCCUUCCCACAGUGAACUUACAGCUCUAUUAAAUAAUCCUGAGAAUUCUCCCAUCUUGGAACAGAAGAAUGCCUUGGCCCCUUCUCAGAAAACGCUGACAUCCUUGAAUGAUUCUUCAUGUCAGAGUCAACCGAAUAGCUCUAGCAGAGAUGCAACAACAAGUGCGGAAAGUUAUCCUGAGAACUCAGCAUUUCUUCAGUUUGUAUUGAGCAGCACAAAUAUGUUAAAAGAGAAGAAAGCUGGUACUAUUGCUGAUAACAUACUGACUAAUCUCCUUUCUAAUGAAAAACAACAGGUAGAUUUAACAGGCUUGGGUGGGAGCUUAUUAAAAGACACUAGUGAGAAAGGUGAUUUGGUAUCUACGGUCCACACACACACUCCCAUAUCAGCAAUGAUGGAAUCUAAUGCAAAUAAAUUCAGUGGUGAUGUAGCUCAGAAAAAAAUGCAGUUUACUGAAAAUCCGUGUUUUAAACAGAACAAUGGUAAUUAUUCUCUAGAAGAGCUAACUGCAUGCCUUGACUUAUGGAAAAAACAAGGUCCAGAACCUGUGAGUGUUCAAAAUAGCCUGUCAAAUGAAAACAUUGCAGCAAAUCAGAUCUCAUCGUUACCUCACGGCCAAAACGCAGCAAAUAAGAGAGAACAAGGUAAUCUGGUUAGUGCAGAUGUAACAGUCUUGCCUUUAACAACCACUUCCGUAGGACAAAAACAUGACAUGUUAAGUUGCAAUUUGAUAAAAGGUUUAGAACUCCAAAUUGCAGUUGUCUCUCCUUUAGUGCUUUCUAAUCAGAGAGCUCAGAGUGAACAGGUAGACAAGUGUCCAACAUCUGCAGAUAAAACCUAUCCAGUGAUUGACACGGGAAGCAUACGCAGCAUGCAAGAAGAGGGGAAAAAUGUGGUAAAUACUGAUAAAGGAACAAUAGAAAGUGUUUCUUCAUCAUCUGAUGACUGCAUUCUGAUACAGACGGAGGACCCAUGUUUACAACAGACCAAAUCAGCUGAUGGAAAGAGAAUAAUAGAAAACAGUGUGAAUGCAAAUGAUUCAUGUGGUGAAAACAAAAGGAAACUCAGUCAAGCCAUGAGAGAUGCUGAAGAAAAUCUACAAAACAAACUUCUUCCUGAAUCGGGCCAGAGUUUUUCUAGUAAAACAUUCCAAGAAGAUACAAAAAACCAUGAUGGCAAGAAAGCAGUGCUAGGGACUCAAAAUAAUACUCCCUCAGCUGUGAUAGAAGAACAGAUGUUCCAUAUUGCUAGCGUAUGUUCCCUUGUUGAAGGCGAUAAAUCAUAUAAUCCGCAAAUAGCGAGCAUGUUCAGCUCGGUCCCUCAGACACGUGCAUUUAACAGUGGUACCCCAUCAGAAGUAAAUGUGUCUGACCCUAGGCAAAAGGAGCAGCUGAUGAAAUUGAAUAAAAAUGACCUGAGGGAGAACACUCCUCAGCGAGAGACCUUGCUGCAAAAGGCAUUGAGAGAAUCAUCAUGCUGCAUUAGUGAAGUAGAUGAGAUUUUGAAUGGUACUAUAACUAGCCAUUCUAAGAAAGAAAGCAGUGGCAAGCUUACUAGCACAGUUUCUACCUCAGAGCAAAAAAAGCCAGUAAAUACAUUUUUGAAGCAUCCUGAAAACGAUUUGGGAAUUCUUGCUAGUAUAAACCAGGAGUUAGCUAGAAAUUCACUAGAUUCCUUGGUAAGUGUAACUGCUGAAACAAAUGCAUUCACUGUUACUACAUGCAGCAGAAAAGAAAAUGUCACAUCCACUAAAAGGAGCGUAGAAGAGCUACACGUUUUUGGAGCAGAACCCAUUACAUAUCUAGAUAAUCAGCUUACUGAACUUAUGAAAGAGUUUCCAUUUGGCAUUGAAGGGGCUGAUAUUCUGACAAAAGAACCAGCAAGAAACAAUUCUGUGGCUGAGCAGAGAGAGAAUCAACCUCAAAAAGAGCCUCAUGUUUCUGCCAAAAAAGCUGAUUCAAAGAACCCAAUAGAUCAGCUACAAAUUGCGCAGUUAGACUCUGGUCAGGUGCAGGAGUUACAUCCUGAAAAGAAGCUAUGUUCCUCUACUGAAAACAGUGGAGCAUUGAGUCAACAGUCUGAAAAGACUUCAACCCAGGAGGGCAGCCUUGAAUGCAGUGUUCAGCCCAGUCUAUGUUCCUCUACUGAAAACAGUGGAGCAUUGAGUCAACAGUCUGAAAAGACUUCAACCCAGGAGGGCAGCCCUGAAUGCAGUGUUCAGCCCAGUCAAAGUCUAUGUAAGGAGAAAGAAAGCCCACAGUCCCCUUCCAGCUCCGGAAAUAAAGAGGUUUGUAGUUUAAUGGGUUGUCUAUCUGUGUCGGGUGAAAUGUCACAGAGCUCCUAUAAACGUAGAACUUCUGUUUCAGAUAAAAAUGCCGAGCAACUUUCAGAAGCUGAAAACACUAACUCUGCAGGAAGACAAGAAAACAACAGUAAAUCUGAUGCCAUAAUGAAGGACCACAGUGUGGUAGAAAACCCACCAAUUUGUGAAAAUGUUCAAGAUAGCAUUCAGAAAAAUAAAAAAGAUGUAUGCAAAUACACCUCUGUAACAAAUGAAAAAUCCAAGAUGAACAACGAACACAAACCACUUUCACCACAACUGGAAAAAAUUGGGCCACUUAAUUCCUCUGAAAAACAAGACGUUAAUAGUUCAAAAAGCAGUAAUUUGAAGGAAGAGAUGCAAGAGCCUAGAAGAACUCCGUCAUUAAAGAAAAAAUUUCAUUGUGACAAAAAAGAUCAUCAGAAAGUCUCAGAAGGGGAGUUGUCAGAGAAAGCUGGUUGUACAGAUACAGAUAAUAUGAUGAAGUCAUCUAAAAAGAAGGAGAGAAUUUUCAAAAAGAAGUCCCUUUCAAAAGAUAAAACCAGAACAGAUUUGGCCAUGAAAUCCCAAAGAGACCUUCAUAAAUACACAAAGUCAGAGAAUGUUGCAGUUAAGCACAGUGAAGUCUGUAAAGGACAAAAAAGAAAAAUCUGUGACAAGAACACAGGUAAAGAACAGAACCACAAGAAGCAAAAUGUAGGAACUAAUACUGAAGGGAAAGCAAAGUUAUCUCCAGAAAUAAAACGUGAAAAGCUGAAUAGUUAUCAGGCGGAAGCUAUGAAGUUCCCAAACUUUGGCAUUAGAGACUUAAAGUCAAGCAACUAUACAUUUUCUCAGCAUAAAUCUAAAAAAGCUCAUCCGCCACAGGAGGAGUCAUACAAACGAAAGAGGAAGGACAAUGUGAUUGGAAAAACAAGCUCUAAAAAAACAAAGGUGGAAGAUGAAAGUCUAAAACAGGCUGAAACAAAGAAUUCCAAGCGGCAUUCAUAUGAUCACAAGAUAAAUACUGACAAGACUAAAAAGCUGAGUGGAGAAAAUGUCUGGAAACCUAAGAAUUCAUUAGCAGAUCGCUCUAUGCUUAAACGACAGCGAAGAAGGGGUCUAUCUACCAUCUCCAAAAACCACCUUUCUAACAAAGAAAGACAUCUUGAUGGUCAAAACAAAGACCAGUGUUCCGAGAAAAUGUUUUCUGAUAAAAACUUGCUAUAUUUAAACAGAAGAACAAACAGAUUAAAAUUACAUCUUCAAAAGGAACCCAAAAAACACUACCUGAAUAGAGUUGCAUUUAAACGUACUGCUCAGGAACGCAUCUUUCUGACAAAGUUGGAGACAUCACCUGUCAGGCCUGUCUUGCAUGUAAAGUCCAAAGUAUCACAACAUAGUCUAGAUUCAAAAAGAGAUGCUUCUCUCUCUGAAAAUGAGAAACCAGGGAAACGGCAAGUGCUUGAAUUUAAGCUGUGUCCAGAGAUACUGUUCAGAAAUUCAGCCACUGAUGAUGAAAGCUUAGCUGCAAAGAAUUUUCUGGAAAAAAAGAAAACUACUGUGGCAGGUGUCAAGAGUAAAAAAGAAGAUUGGUUAAAGUAUGAUUCAGUGAAGCAAAAAAAGUUGAAGGAGAUCUUUACAGCUGAGGACUGUAUUCCACUUGAUACAGCCAUAGAAAUACUGGAAGGAAAUGACAAGGCUCUUCACAUUCCGAUGAAAGACUCCAAACAGAUGUUUCAAACCUACAGGAAAAUGUAUCUGGAAAAAAAGAUGGAAAAGCCUGGAUAGCACUCCUGUAUCAUACAUCAUACUUGAUACCACUGGGAAAAAAUGCUGACAUUAGAAUUCUUUUUCCAGUUUACUUCAUAUUUUUGCAUAAGUGUUCAUAUUUGUUCAGCAAGUUAUCUGCAAGUUAUUAUUGCAAAUGAGUGGGAAUUUAUGUAAUAUGUAUUUAUGGCACAAUUAGGCUUUGAUGCUGAAAAUGUCAGUGUCAAAUGUUGUACAUCUUUUUGGCAUAUUUGAUUUUUUUUUUUAAUACAGGAGGUAGCUGAAUCUUGGGGAAAAAAAAAAAGAUAAAUUAAAAAAAGACCCUCAAAGUCAUUUAAGUAAUCAUGAUCUGUUUUCUUUCUGAUUUUGGAAAAAUUCAACUUCUGAUACUUUCCAUUGCUGGCAGUGGAAAAAUAUUUCUACUAGAAAGGGAUUAUAAGGAUUCUCAGGCAUUACAUGUUUAAUUUUCUAUUUAUGCUAGUUUUAUUUUUGUUCAUCUAGCAAGACUUUCAGUUAUUUGUAGAAAUUUUUUUUUUGUAAACUUGGAAUACAGAUGUAAAACCCUUAAGCAUGACGAUAAGGGAGUACCGUGAAGUGUUUAUGCUGCUACUCGGUUUUCUUAAAUAUAUUUUUGUAGAAAUUGUAGAAGUUGAACUCUGAAUUCUUCACCUGGAUGCAGUGCUGUAAGCUGACAGCUCACUGAAGAAUCUUCCCUACUUCCUUCCCUCUCUUUCUGCUUUCUUUAUACCUGAACAAAAAGUACAGUGGUCGAAGUGCACGGAGUUUAACUUCACUUCUGUCUGACUGUGAUGUUCAUUUUGACCAGACUGUAAUUAAUUCUUUGUUUAUAAAGUAUUAGCUGAUGUUUGACUAAGGAUUCACUGUGACUUAAGAAUUAUAUUUGUUGUUGGAUGUCUUUUUUUAAGUGCCUUUUCAGUGUUGUUCACAAUUUUGAAUUGUAUUCUUUUUUUUUUUUAGAAUUGUUCUGAUUCUUUUUAUCUGUUUAAGCCUUUGUACUGAAAGUAAAAAUGCUAUAGAUAUUUUACUGACUGACUUUUUAAUACUUGAAAUAAACUUUCAAAGGCUA